AGACCCCUUAAAUCCAGGGUCUGGACCUCACUGACGGGAAGUUCUGCUCCUCUCAGCUGGUCUCUGUGGUGGACUCUAAACUCUCUCCGCAAACAUGGUCGACAAGUUCGUCGGAACGUGGAAGCUGCAAUCCAGCGAGAACUUUGACGACUACAUGAAAGCCAUCGGCGUGGGAUUCGCCAUCCGACAGGUGGGGAACCGAACCAAACCCAAUCUCAUCGUGAGCGUGGAUGACCAGGGGAAGGUGUCGUUGAAAAACCAGAGCACCUUCAAAACCACUGAGAUCAAGUUUCAGCUCAACGAGCCGUUUGAGGAGACCACAGCCGACGACCGGAAGACCACGACCGUCAUCAGCCUGGACAACGGGAAGCUUGUGCAGAAACAGAGCUGGGACGGCAAAGAGACCAGCAUCGAGAGAGAGGUCACAGAUGGAAAACUCAUAGCGAAAUGCAUCAUGGGUGAGGUGGUGGCGGUGAGGACAUACGUUAAAGAUGCGUGAUUGCUUCAUCCAAGCUGCUUUGGCUUGCUGCUGUCUAACAGGCUCAGUUUCAUGAGCGAGGAAACCACAUUUCUGUAACGGCCUGUUUGUUCGACAGAUUUUUUUUUAUUACAUUUUAUUACUGCAAAGUCAAAUUCAAAUGUAAACAUAAUACCUGUUUAUUUUCACCUGAUUUUUUAUUUCAAAUUAAAGAGAUCUGAAAUGUCAAAAU